AUGGCUACUCUUAAGACACUAACGAUAAGAAAUAAGACCCAUCCAGCACCCCAGUGCUUUACCCCCCUUAACUCAAAAGAUCAAGAUACGACGAAUAAGGCAAGGUAUCAUUCUGAGAGCAAAAAGGCUUAUAGAAAAAAGCUAAAAAAGAACAAAAGGGAAAAGGCUAAAUUAGAGAAACUUCGAAUCGUAAGGUCUGUUGAGGAAAAGGAGGAGGAGGCUUAUGAAAUCAUUACAUCAGGUCCCACUGUAGAAGAACUUGAGAUUAGUAAACUCGAGCACGACCCUUCCUCAAACAGUACUUCUACAUCUAUCCCCGAAGAAGAUCUCGAAGAACUGAUGACUUCCAUCAAGAAAGAUCCAUUCUUGAAACCUAUUCUGGAAGAUCAAGGCAGUGCAUGGUAUUUGGUGUCGUCUGAUCCCCAUGGUAUUUGGUGUUGUCUGAACCCCAUGGUAUUAACCCGUGGCAUUUGGUGCCGGAUGAAUACUACGGAACGGGAAGUUGUUUCCAUUGGUGCCGUAUGAAUACUAUGGAGCGUGAGCAUGAAUUUGUGUACGUAGAUAUACAACAAAUCUGCUUUUGAGAAUUACUUGGAUAGCAAACAGAUUUUCCAUGAUUUUUAUUUAAAAUUCAAGGACAAUGAAGU